UUCCAUGGAUGUUACGUCCAGGCGGAUGAUGCGUUCAAGUGCAGCUGGUGCCAGUUUGUGACAUGCUGGAACACUUUAACUGUCACAUGCACUCCGUGAGAGGAACACGUGGAAGCACAGAGACGCAUGCAAACGAAAGCAGCGGUGAUGGCUCGUAGUUCAGAUGAACAGAGUGCUGUGAGGCAAGAAGGACAGAAGAUACAAAGUUUGUUUUCUCAGUCAUCCAGACGAGGUCCUCGGCUGUGAGAUGUCCCUGAAGGCCACGCUGCAGCAGAGGAUCAGCUCCACCCAGGCGCUGCUCCAGCAGGUGCAGCAGCUCUGUCCAGGGGUCGAAGGUCAUCAAAAGCUCUGCGGCAAACUGCGCGCUGAGCUGCGCUUCCUGCGACGAGUCGAGUGUGGAGAGCUGCAGGUCAAGGAGUCUCACCUCCACAGCACCAACCUGACCCACCUGACUGCCAUCGUGGACUCCGCCCAGAGUCUGGACCACGUGGUGGCUCUGCUCCAUGUCUUCACCUACCAGGAUGCCAGCGGCCGCCGCCGCACCCUGCUGGUGGAUGUGGUGGCCAAUGGGGGACACACCUGGGUGAAAGCAGUGGGCAGGAAAGCAGAGGCGCUACACAACAUCUGGCAGGGGCGGGGCCAGUUUGGAGACAAGAGCAUCAUCAGGCAGGCGGAGGAGUUCCUGCAGGCCAGCCGCCAGCAGCCCGUCCACUACCAACACCCCCACGUUGUCUUUGCCUUCUACAACGGCGUCUCCUCUCCCAUGGUCGACCGACUGCGGGACAUGGGCGUGCUGGUUCGAGGAGACAUCGUGGCAGUCAGCAGCGUGAAGGUGGAGGAGGAGGAACUGGCUGAAGGUGACUGGGAGGAGGAGGAAGAGGAGGAACGAGAUGGGGAGGAACAUGCGUACGAGGAGGCUGCAGCGCCGCACACUCAGGUGGAUCGAGGCACCGUGGUCGCCCACCUGGAGUUUCCGCUGCAGGUGGAGGUGGAGGAGUGUCAGCGUGUCAACCUGGACAUCACUGCGCUCAUCACGUACGUGUCUUCACUGAGCCACGGCCGCUGCCACCUCACCUUCCGCGAGCCCGUUCUGACGGAGCAGGCGGCUCAGGAACGACACGAGAAGAUUCUGCCUCAGCUCGACGCCUUCAUGGAGGGCAAGCAGCUGUUCGCCUGCCGUGCUGCCGUGCACGACUUCCAGGUCAUCCUGGACACCCUGGGGGGGCCGGGUGAGAAGGAGCGCGCUCACAUGUUGCUGUCUCGCCUCCACCUGGUGGACGACCAGCCGUCAGAGCGCACGAAGCGCCUCACUCCCAGCGCUAAGAUCAACCGCCGCUCGAUGAUGAUCUUCGGCACCGGAGAUUCCUUACGAGCCGUCACCAUGACGGCGAACAGCCGCUUCGUCAGGGCAGCGGCCAAUCAGGGCGUCCACUACAGCGUGUUCAUCCACCAACCCAGAGCCCUGACGGAAGGCAAGGAAUGGAGGGCCACACCCCUUUGAUGAGGUUGUACCAUCUAACAAAAACCUCCAGCUUGAGAGGCCACGCCUACAUGGUGAAACCACGCCCAUUUAAAAAGGCACGCCUAUCUGAUGAGGCCUCCCUCAUGUACCAACAGACCUUCUUUUACCAGGACUCUGAGUUUAGGUUUGUUGAUGACAUUAAGAAGCUCAUGCACAGGAAGUCUGACCUAGGAGUCCCUUCUUUCACAAUAAAAGAUCUAACU